UGCAGCACCUCUGUGCCCAUUGCUCCAGGAGACCUGGGGUCUAGGUGAGGUAUGCAGAGCAGCCAGGAUGCAAGAGCACCUGGAGAAGAGGAGGAAGAUGAAGAAGAAGAAGAAGAAGAAAAGAAAACUGCUCAGCUACUAAAAGCAAAACACCAGCUGCCACUCUCUGCUCAGUCUGCCUUUGCUUAUGUCCCACCUGGACGCAGGGACCCUCCAGAGCUCAGCUAUUUCCACCGAGAGGCUAAGACAGGAACUGUUUCCACCUAUGACUCCAUUUUUAAAAGGCCAGGGGGUUACAACGAAAAACUUCACCGCUGUGACAGAGAACAUGCAAAGAGUCAUGGCCUUAAAAUUAAUGAAGAGGAAAUGGUGAGACCCAUUCCUGUUUUGUCCUCAUCACAAUAUGGAAGGCGCAUCAACCAGCCAGUUGAGGAACUGAUCAGAGAUCACGCAAGGAUUAACCAUGUGAAGGCUGCAUUCUACAGGAAAAAUGGAAUUGCUUGCUUGUUAGACAAAUCUUCUUCAAGCCUACAUCCCUGCUAAAGCUCCUGUCCGCUGUCACCAGAUGCAUAAACAUAGUGAAAAAUAGAGUUCUCAGUAAUAAGUAGAUAAUUGUUUUGCAUUCUUUUUCUCUAACAUUCUUUUUCUCUAACAUACUAAUGGGCUAGUAUGGUCUGAAUCCAAAAUAAAGCUGUAGUAGCUGUUCCCUUUCUUUAGUCCAAAUUUAUCUUUUUACCUGAAAUCAAAUUAAAGUCUUGCAAAUGAUGCUCCCAGUAAUUCUGAACAUCUUUGGAACACAGCUCCACAAGGGUUGUCCUGGAUUCUCAAGUCCAGUGCCCUGCUACCACAGUCAUAUAUAGCAUAAAAUCCCAUUCAUAAAUUUAAGUAUAUUAUAACAACAUGUAUCAUUUAUAGGAGCAAGUUUCUUCCUCAAAGGCUUUACAAAUAUUAACUCAUUCCUCACAAUGUUUCUUUGAAGUGGCUAAGUGUUGUUAUCCUUGCAACAAUGUUCCCAAAUGCCUGACCCAGUAAUGGGCACCUGAAGUAAUAGCCAGAUUUUCAGAGGUGCUGAAUUUUAGACCAGCUUCAUGUGCACUUGACUUGAAAUCAGUAUGAGCUGCUUAGCACUUAAAAACUAAGUCUAAAUAGUAUUCACCCAGUUUGCAACAUUGUGGAUUAAGAGACUUACCUAAGAUCUUGUGCAGGGGCAGAGCAAUUAACUGGACACAGGAGAUCCCAGCUUUUAAAGUACUAACCAAUGUUCUUCUCAGAAAAUUGUUGUCUGUGCUUUCUGCUGUUUCUAAGGGAGAGCAUGAGGGAAAGGAAAACCUGGCUUCAUGUUGGCUGCACUGAAGUUUACCUAUAUCAAAAAAGAUCAUCAUAGAAAAUUAGGGUUGGACAGUUCAAAGUCUGACAGAGCCAAAUGCUGCUGAGCUGCUUUGAAUUGUAAACAUAAUGAGCAGAAGGAGGACCUGCUUAUAUUUUGUGUUAACUUUUUUCAUGACCUGGAGUAGAGCGGAAUAAUAUUGCACUUCAGUACCUUGGAGGUAGAAGAGGCCUUGGUGAACACCCAAGAGAGCAGAAAAUUACAGCGCCACGAGACCUAUGGCAUCAGCCAACUUGUUAGACAAAGGAGGUAGAAAUUAAAAAUCAAUGUUUAUCAUGUAUUCUAAAACAAAGCUGAUGGAUCUGGAUAGUCUCAGGCACAGCUGGUAAACUCAGACUGGU